AAAAGGUAAGUAAUUGUAAUUGGGUUUCCAUUUUCAUUCAUUUCUAAGCGAAGCUUUACUGUGUCCUUGUGCGUGUUUUCUUCUGUAUGGUAUCCAACAACCCGAACCCGUCUGAGAGCUUUUACUUGGACCCGACUGGAAUGGCUUUACCGGGUCUCGGACCCUUCGCGGCGGCGGUCACCGCUACGGCCACUACAACCUCCACCACUUCGUCGUCGGAGGAUCUGUCUAAGAAGAUCCGAAAGCCUUACACCAUUACCAAGUCUAGAGAAAGCUGGACCGAGCCCGAACACGACAAGUUCCUCGAAGCCCUCCAACUCUUUGACCGCGAUUGGAAAAAGAUUGAAGCAUUUGUUGGAUCAAAGACUGUUAUACAGAUACGUAGUCAUGCACAGAAAUAUUUUCUGAAGGUUCAGAAGAAUGGGACAAGUGAACAUCUACCUCCGCCUCGGCCAAAGCGGAAAGCUGCUCAUCCAUAUCCUCAGAAAGCUUCUAAAAAUAGUCAGGUACCACCACCCAUACAAGUUUCAGGAGCUUUUCAGUCUUCAUCUGCCUUACAUGAACCAGGUUAUAUCCAAAUGCCAGAUUCAUCACUUAGGAGCCCCCUCGCUGGUGCUGCUAUCUCGUCAUGGAAUAAUAAUUCUGCACAGACAGUCAACUUGUCAAAUGAAACAAAAGCUCCAAGUGUGGCAAAUAACUGUUGCAGUAGCACUGAAAGCACUCCAAGAGCACGGCCCAUUGUUGAAACAACUGAUCUAGGAAAUCAUAGUCAUCAAUUGAGAGUUCUUCCCGACUUUGCCCAAGUCUAUAGCUUCAUUGGCAGUGUCUUUGACCCAAAUACUACAGGUCAUGUGCAAAAACUAAAAAAGAUGGACCAGAUCGAUGUUGAGACGGUGUUACUUUUGAUGAGAAAUCUAUCCAUCAAUCUAACCAGCCCUGAUUUUGAAGAUCAUCGAAAGUUGCUUUCAUCCUAUGAGAUUGAAUCAGAGACCAUAAAUCAGAGUGAUGCAAUCAGGUCAUUUAAUGACGACCAACCCAAGAAUGUCGCCAAGAUUGUAUAGUGCAUAAGAUUGAUAAGUUUCCUUCUAUUGACUGUGCCUGCAAAGUUUCUCAAGGUGCAAAUACUGGAAAGCGGGUAGAGAUUAAAUUCUCGGAAAGGUGUGAAGAAGAUUACAGAGCUUCUAAGGCCCACCCCAACUCAAUUCGAUUUUAUGUUCUACAUGAAAUUGUUGCAAGUGUUGUCAGACUACUUGACUACACAUUAUGUUGAUAAAUUUUGCCAUUCCAUUCUAGUUUAUGUAUAUAUAAACGAAAGGAGAGGGAAAAAAAAAACUUUGCAUGUAUAGUUAGUUGGUCAUUCGUGUUGUAUUUGUGGCUAUUUUUGUACAGCACAAGCUUUUUGUGUAGUCAAGUUUUGACUUAAUAUGUUUACUAGCGUUGGUUUGAUUAGUCUGUUGUAAUGUUAAAAUAAUGAGAUAUCUACUAAUAUUACAUUCGUUAUAGCAGACAAAGAA